GAGCUACUGUAGACCUCAAAUCUCUAUGGUUGGGGCGGAGAGAGAAGCAAGGCGGAAGUUCUUACUGCGUUUGCGCCUUGUUGGCUUACUCCGGGCGCUUGCGUGCUGACAACUUCGGCGGGGGCGGUGCUUUUGUUUUCGAGGAAAGGUGGUUGGUUGUUCGGCUUGCGUUUGUUUCUUUGUGAAGCCGGAAGCGGCCGCACGCGGCGGUGCAACCGUUAGGCUUGCCGCUUAGAGAGGAAGAAGCGGGAUGUCGGUUGCCGCCGCGUGUGCCUUACCUCAGCAAGAGCAGUUGCAAUUGCAGCCGCCGGUGAAGGCCAUGCGCAGAGGCAGCCGGCCGAGCCCAGAAGGGGGAGAAGAGGAGAAGCAGCCGGAGCAGCCCGUGUGGGACCGGGAAAUGACGUUUUGUAGCGAGCGGCGCAGGCGGCAGCCGCAGCCACAGCAGAAGCGGCAACCAGCGGCGGCCGCAGGAACAGCGGCAGAAGAGGAGGAGCGACUUGAGCGGGACCACUUCCGGAGAAUCAUCAACGCCUUCCGUUACUAUGGAACGAAUAUGCAUGAAAGAGUGAACCGUACAGAGAGACAUUUCAGAUCCCUUCCAGCCAAUCAACAGAAAUUGCUUCCUCAGUUUCUUGUUCACCUUGAAAAAAUUCGUAAAUGUAUUGACCACAAUCAAGAGAUCUUGCAAACAAUUGUGAAUGACUGUACGCAUAUGUUUGAAAACAAAGAAUAUGGUGAUGAUGGAAAUGGAAAAAUUUCGCCAGCCUCAACUUUUGACAUGGACAAAUUAAAGUCUACUUUGAAACAGUUUGUAAGAGACUGGAGUGAAACUGGGAAGUCUGAGAGAGAUUCCUGCUAUCAGCCAAUCAUUAAUGAAAUUGUUAAGAACUUCCCAAAAGACAGCUGGGACCUCUCCAAAGUUAAUGUUCUUGUACCUGGUGCUGGGCUAGGUAGAUUGGCCUGGGAGAUAGCUAUGCUCGGUUAUAAUUGCCAAGGAAAUGAGUGGAGCCUCUUUAUGCUCUUUUCUUCUAACUUUGUUCUCAACAGAUGCUCUGAAACUAAUUCAUACAAACUAUAUCCCUGGAUUCAUCAAUUUAGCAAUAACAAGAGAUCUGCUGAUCAGAUACAACCAAUUUAUUUUCCUGAUGUUGAUCCUCACAGUCUUCCUCCUGGGGCAAACUUUUCUAUGACAGCAGGAGAUUUUCAAGAAAUCUACUGUGAGCAUAACAUAUGGGAUUGCAUAGCAACCUGCUUCUUCAUAGACACAGCACAUAAUGUCAUAGAUUACAUUGAUACAAUAUGGAAAAUACUCAAACCAGGAGGAAUUUGGAUCAAUUUAGGUCCUCUUCUUUAUCAUUUUGAAAACUUAGCAAAUGAAUUAUCUAUUGAGUUGAGUUAUGAAGACAUUAAAAAUGUUAUGUUACAAUAUGGAUUCCAUAUAGAGAUGGAGAAUGAAUCUGUUCUGACAACAUAUACUGUGAAUGAGCUGUCCAUGAUGAAAUACUAUUAUGAAUGUGUGAUGUUCGUGGUUAGGAAACCAGAAAACAGUAUAUGAUUAUCCAGAAAAAUGCUGGCAUUUGUGUGUGUGUGUGUUAGCACAAAUUGGCCUCUUGGUGAUGACUGGACACAGCCCUAUAUCAGUGGUGCCUUCUCAUUCCUCAUGGAAUGUAGCUGUUGUCUUUUUUUUUUUCUCCCCUUAAUAUGCCCUUUGAUCUCUACUGUACUUCUUGAUGGUUGUAUUCAGGUAAUAAGCACGGAGUGUAAAUGUUCAUAUGCUUUUUCUUUUCAUUCUGAGAAAAGGAUGAUAAUUUUGAUAUGCCAUAUUUGACAUUCAGAAUUUUCCAUAAUGUAUGCACAACCGUCCAUUUUCAUAUUUCUCUGAAAGAAUAUUUAAUAUUAUGAGAGAGGCGCAACUAUUUUUUGGGUCCUGCAUUGGCUAUAAGACAAAAGAAUUAGCAUUUUUUAUGCUAUUCAGAUAGCUGUCAUUUUUCUUAGGAAUAUUGCAAAUGUGGAAAAGUGUCAUGCAAACUUAGCCAUCGGUUUAUCAGAAAUUUGUAAAUAUAUAAUCACUUUGUAAAAGUGACUUAUGUAUGUCUUUAUAACAACAUAAAUUAAUUAAAUUGCCUGUUUUGGGGACUGAGAGUAAA